CUAGACACUAACAAUCUUUAUGCUUUAGGGGUCAGAAACUCUCAAGACUACAGGAACAAGCACAAGCAACCACCACCAGCAACAACCGUUGUAGAUGAACCAAACAUCACUCAGACCCUUACAAGAUUUUACCCAUUUACUCAAAACAUGCAUAUCCACUCGAGAUCUCUUCACCGGAAAAACCCUCCACACAAUCUACAUCAAACACCUCAUCCCCCAUUCCACCUAUCUCUCCAACCACUUCAUCCUCUUAUACUCCAAAUGCCGCCGUAUAUCCGCCGCCCACACCACCUUCAACACUAUCCCACACCCAAACAUAUUCACCUUCAACACCAUCAUCUCAGCCUACGCUAAAGAGUCCCAACCCCACAUUGCCCACCAACUGUUCGACCAAAUUCCCCAACCAGAUAUCGUGUCUUACAACACCCUUAUUGCAGCCUAUGCUGACCGCGGUGAAACCCGGCCUGCGAUCGACUUGUUUGUUGAAAUGCGUGAGCUUGGGUUUGAUAUGGAUGGGUUUACAUUCUCUGCUGCUGUUACUGCAGCUUGUAAGGAUGUUAAAUUGAUUUGUCAGCUUCAUAAGUUGGCGAUUUCGGGUGGGUUUAUCUCUUAUAGUUCGGUUAAUAAUAGUCUAAUUAGUUACUAUAGUAAGAAUGGGUUGUUGGGUGAGGCUGAAUGUGUUUUUGAGCAUAUGGGUGGGAACAAAGAUGAGGUGACAUGGAAUUCGAUGAUCGUGGCGUAUAGCCAGCAUCGAGAAGGGUUAAAGGCGCUUUCUUUGUACUGGGAAAUGGUUUGUUUAGACUUAACUGUUGAUAUAUUUACUUUAGCUAGCGUGUUAACCGCGUUUACCUGUUUGGAAGAUUUACGCGGUGGGAUUCAGUUUCAUUGUCAGUUAAUCAAGAAAGGGUUUAAUCAGAAUACUCAUGUGGGAAGCGGUUUAAUUGAUUUGUAUUCGAAAUGCGGUGGGGGUAUGUUGGAUUGCGAGAAAGUGUUUGCGGAGAUUGUUGAACCGGAUUUGGUUUUGUGGAACACUAUGGUUUCGGGGUAUUCGCAGAACGAUGAUCUGUCGGAAGAGGCUUUAUGUUGUUUUAAACAAAUGCAACGCGAAGGUUACCGUCCGGAUGAUUGUACGUUCGUUUGUGUCAUUAGUGCAAGCUCUAAUCUUUCGUCACCGAAUCAAGGAAAGCAAAUUCAUUGUCUUGCGUUGAAAUCCGAUAUCCCGUCGAAUAGAAUCUCUGUGAAUAAUGCUCUAAUCACCAUGUACUCGAAGUGUGGAAAUUUGAAAGAUGCACGAAAAGUGUUCGAUAAAAUGCCGGAACACAAUACGGUUACUUUCAAUUCUUUGAUCACUGGUUAUGCACAACAUGGUUUUCCGAUGGAAGCAUUGCAUCUUUUUGACCGCAUGCUUGAAACAAACGUAACCCCUACGAGUAUCACGUUUAUAUCAAUCCUGUCUGCGUGUGCACACACGGGAAAAGUGAAGGAAGGAAGAGAACAUUUUCGCUUAAUGACGGAUAAAUUUGGUAUCGAACCGGAGGAAGAACACUUUUCCUGUAUGAUUGACCUUUUGGGCCGAGCGGGUCAACUCGAGGAAGCUGAACGACUCAUCGAGUCAAUGCCGUUCAACCCCGGGACCGUAGGAUGGGGUGCUUUACUCGGAUCGUGUAGAACUCAUGGGAAUUUGGAACUAGCGGUUAAAGCAGCCGAACAAUGUCUCCUUCUCGAUCCUUCUAACGCAGCCCCAUAUGUGAUUCUUGCACACAUGUAUGCGAAAGCUAACAAAUGGGAAGAAGUGGCAACGGUUCGAAAGCGUAUGAGAAACAACGGAGUGAAAAAGAAUCCGGGUUGUAGUUGGAUCGAAAUAAACAAGAAGAUUCACGUGUUUGUUGCAGAAGAUAGCUCGCACCCAAUGUUGAAUGAGAUUAAUAACUAUUGGGAAAAUUUGUUAAAGAAGAUGAAGCAAGUGGGAUACGUGCCCGAUGUGGUUAGAGAUGAUGAAAACGCGCGGCAUAGUGAAAAACUAGCCGUUGUGUUUGGGUUGUUAUCGACUAAAGAUGGGGAACCUCUUUAUGUGGUGAAGAAUUUGAGAAUAUGUAAUGAUUGUCAUAACGCGAUCAAGAUCAUAUCGGGUUUGACUCGAAGGGAGAUUACGGUAAGAGAUGCUCGCAGGUUCCAUUGUUUUAAAGAUGGACGAUGUUCGUGUGGAGAUUAUUGGUGAAAAAGUAUACAUUGACUGACCUAAACAGUGUCGAUGUGCAUUGGUUUAAUGUAAUCUGCUUGACUGUAUCAAAGUAGACCUUGCAAGUUUAACCCAAAUAUUUAAAAAUGGGUUUAUCUGGGCUUUUAAUAUUAGGUUGUGGGCUGUAUAUUACUUUCGCUAGGGUUUGAUGAUUCUUGUAAGAGGAAAAAUGGUUAUGAAAGAGAUGUGAUGGUAAGGCUGGUGGGUGUGAGGGCGCCACCCUGCCACCUCAGCCUCCAUAGUGCCCCCAGGGCUCCAUCGUCCACACCGCCGUAAUUAAAGGGGGGGGGGGGGGCGCCAUCAUACUUCCGCCAGCAUGUUAACGAGCAAAGGGGGGGCUCCAUCGACGUUGAUUAGCUUUAAAGGGGGGGCGCUAUAAAGCCCCUAGCCACACCCUCCACACCCUACAAUUUAAAGGAGGGGGCUUUAAAGCUCUUGUGUGACGUGGCGGUGAGGUGGCGUGAUAAAGCCCCUAGCCACACCCUCCAGCCUAAUGAUGAACUUGCAAGACAAAGGCUGCGGCUAUUGCGAUAAGGGUUUAGAUUUUUAUCGAUUUCUUCAUCUGCCAAGCUUCCGAGGAUCAUGUACUUCAAUGCACAUCACAUUAUAGGAGUUAUGAAGAUUUGGUCUUCGUAUUUAUAUCCAUUUCUGAUUUCCUACAUGCAGGCCCUAUGAGGUUCUUGUUCCGCAACUUUGGGUCGAUUUCAGACUUUAAGGACAAUUACACCAAGAUAGCCGGUAAGCGGGCAACAAGCUGCGCCGCUAUCCCCUUUUGAAUAGCGAAACCUAACCUAGUAAAAACGAAACCCCGAUCUCUAGGAGACGAAAUGUUGCUGUGAACAACCCGUUGGACCCGUUCAAGAAAUCUGAUGGCUUCUGGGGCUAGCGAGCCAAAGGUAUCAAAGGCAAAAGGGAUAAAGGAAUGUUGAUUUUCCUCGCAGGCUUUUGCAUGUUUGUCCAUUUUCUUCGCUGCCGCCUUUGCAAUGGAACACAUAUAAUGGUUCACAAGGCUGAAUGUCAAGCUAAUGUGUCUUAAACAACUACCACCAACCACCAUCUCACCCUAGACCACAUCACACACUCCUUCAGACUCGAACCAUCACCCACCCGUGCUUGGAAAACGAGGCGUAUAACUUGAAUCAAGAUGAAGAACCAAAAAGGGUGAAUCGGUGUGUAAAUUACUAAAUCGAAUUUGGAAAGCGAUGCCCGUCACGUGGGUUCAAUCCGAUUAUGUGACAAGUGUGUAUAUAUAUUUUAUGUAUGUUAAUUUACAAGAUGAUGAAGACAUAGAAAGAUGGAAUGUUUCUUUC